AGCCGGGGCCGGGGCCGAGCGGAGCGAGCGGCGGCGGCGGGCCGCGGCGUCCGGGGGCGCCCGGAGUGCCUGGGGCCGUCCGGGCGGCGCGGCGGCGCUGCUGGGCCUGUCGCUGCUGGGCCUCGUGCUGUACCUGGUGCCGGCAGCGGCGGCGCUGGCCUGGCUGGGCGUGGGGGCCGCCGCGGCCUGGUGGGGCCUGAGCCCCCGCGACUCGUCCCGGAGCCUGCGCUACGGCCCGCCCCCCUCGUCCGCCCCCCACCCGCGGGCCCGCCGGCCGCCGCUGCCGACCAAGGCCGCGGUGAACGGGGCCCCGCUGCAGCCGCCGCCCCAGGGCCCCGGGCCCUCCCCGCAGCCGCCGCUCAUGGGCGGUUAUCUGGGCAGGCCGAGCUCCCCCGAGCCCCCGCGCCGGGAGCGGCGGGAGCCCGCGGGGGCGUCGCCACACCUGCUGAGCCCGGCCCGCAGGCUCCACCUCAGGGACCACCUGACUGCUCCAAACCGAUUCUCAUUAGCUCCACGGAGGAGGUAUCCCAUUCAGCAGGCACAGUACUCCUUGCUGGGGACCCUCCCCACCGUGUGCUGGGAAGGCUACCAGAGGAAAAACGUGCUCUCUCCCCGAAAUUCUCACAUGAUCUGUAGCCCUGUGACUGUGAGGAUUGCUCGCCCAGACCUACCCCGAUCCCCCCUGGAGCCGGUCAUGAAUUCGGCCGUGGUGAAUUCACCAUCCAGAAAUACCCCAGACCCAUGUGCAAAGGAAACCGUGAUGAACGCACUCAAAGAGAGUCGGAAAAGGGCGGUGGAGGAAGAUGAUCAAAUCUUCUGUGAUGCCCAGGAAAACAAGCGAAGGCGCCAUGACAGUAGCGGGAGUGGACACUCGGCAUUUGAACCCUUGGUGGCAAAUGGGGCCCCAGCAUCUCUUGUUCCCAAGCCUGGGUCUCUGAAGAGAAGCCUCACGUCCCAGUGUGCAGAAGACAACUUGAAUAAGAGAUCGCGCACCUCUUCGACCAGCUCUUUGACCAACACCACCCCGGGGGGCAUCCCCAGCUCCAUCCGCAAUGCCAUCACCAGCUCCUACAGCUCCACCAGGGGCUUCUCACAGCUGUGGAAGAGGAGUGGCCCCAGCACCUCACCCCUCUCCAGCCCCGCUUCAUCUCGGUCCCAGACCCCGGAGAGGCCUGUGAAGAAAGCUCGAGAAGAAGAGCUUCAUCAGUCUAGCUCUUUGACCCCCAUGACCUCAGACAAGGAAUCACAGGCAGAGAAGGUGACCGAUACCCCCACAUGGAAGAAACAGAGCUCUUGGAGCACCCCAUCCACCUCCGGGAGUGGUGGGAAGCGCAAACGCAAAGUUCAGCUGUUGCCUUCCCGGCGAGGAGACCAGCUCACCCUGCCCCCACCUCCCCAACUUGGUUACUCCAUCACGGCUGAGGACCUGGACUUGGAAAAGAAGGCCGCCUUGCAGUGGUUUAACAAAGUCUUGGAGGAGAAGACAGACCCUCCUCCUGCUUCUGUGGCAGAGAGCUCCCCUGCCCCUCGGCCCCUUUCCUUCACAUCCUCGGAGACGGCCACGUCCUCGUCAGCCGCUCCUCCAGCUGCCAGCGCCAACCUGCUGCUGGACAGUCUGAAGAAGAUGCAGAGCUCCCCGAACCCGGCGGCCCUCACAGAUGCGGCUGGAGCAGCCCCUGCUGCGGCUCCCUCCCCGCUGAAGCCCGCCAGCCCACCCGCUGCCCCCGGGCCCUCAGAGCCGGGGCCCCCAGCAGCCACCUCGGUGGCAUCCAAGCCCGUCUCGACCUUCUCCUUGAUGAGCCCUGCCACCACACUCGCUGCUACCACCAGCAGCAGCAGCCAGGCCCCCCCAGCUCCUGUGUCCGAGGGCUCCAGCAAGCCCCUCACCAGCCCCUCCCCCAAGCCAAGCCUUCUCUUCGGAAUGCUGAGUGCCCCUCCUCCAACAUCCUCCGCUCCCACUCCCACUCCCGCUCCUGCUCCCACUCCCACUCCUGCUCCUGCUCCCACUCCCACUUCUACUUCUACUCCCGCUCCUGCUCCCACUCCCACUCCUACAACUUCUUCAGCUCCUUCUCCUGCCACCCCCAUGUUCAAACCCAUUUUUGGGGCUCCCCCUAAGAUGGAGAGUGGGGUUUCACCGGCGGCCCCCCCCACCCCGACUCCUGCGUCCUGUGGCUCAGUCCUCUCCACAACUCCCAGCAGCUCCACUACAACCUUCAAGCCCAUCUUUGGGAGCAUGGGCCCACCCUCCUCUCUGCCCUUGGCCUCCCCCUUCUUGAAGCAGCCUUCCUCUUCGGCCCCCAGCACGGCCGUCACCACCGCCGUGCUGGCGCCUCUCUUUAGCGGCCUCCCCAGCGCCCAGUCCGCUGCGGCCCCCGCCCCCACCACCACCGCUGCUGCCGCCUCCACAGGGACCACUGACUCUGGUGCCAAGCCCGCCUUUGGCUUCGGGCUGAGCAGCUUGGCUGGCACUGCGGGCGCCGCCGCCACGGCCACCACCACGAGCGCCACCACAACCACGCCCACUCCCUCCCUGUCACAGCCUUUCCUCUUCGGGGCCGCCCCUGCCGCUGGCUCCAGCUUCACCCCGUCCACCGGCUCCAUGUUCCAGUUUAACAAGCCCGCCGCCACCACCUCCAGCACCGCCGCCGCGACCACCGCCAACACCUUUGGUGCCGUGCAGGCGACCCCCAGCGGCACUGGUGGCUUUGGGUUCGGCGGGAGCGUCACCACGGCCGCGCUGCCGACCACCAGCCAAGUGACGUUGACGUUCGGCCCCACCACCACCACUGCCGCCUUCAGCUCCCCCUUUGGCUCAAGCAUCAAGACCAUGCCGCCCCCGCCCUACCCAGGGGCCACCCCGCAGCCAGCUUUUGGGAGCGUCGACGGGCAGCAGCAGCAGCAGGGGGCCACCAAGGCGGGCCCCACGCCAAGCUUCAGUAGCACAUUCAGCUUCGGGGGCUCAUCAGGCCCUAGCCCGGCCCUCCCCCAGCCCACCUUUGGCAGCGCCGCCCAGCCGGCCUUUGGCGGGGCAAAGCCCCCUACCUCCUUCGGCGCCCCCGCCAGCACGCAGCCGGCCUUCGGCAGCACCAACACGGUCUUCUCGUUCGGCACGGCCACCACCUCCAGCUUCGGGGCCAGCACGCAGACCACCAGCAGUGGCACGGGCAGCUCCAUGUUCAGCAGCAUGACGCUGGCCCCCUUCACCUUCGGGAGCUCCACGUCUGCAGCCAGCAGUGGGGGCUUCGGGGCCAGCACGGCCGGCCCCGGAACCAGCUCGAGCACCACAGCCUUCAGCUUUGGAGCCAGCCAGAGCGGGGCGUCCAGUGCCGCCACCCCCUUCGGGGCUGCCUUGAACCAGAACCCCCUGGCCCCAAGCUCGAGCACACCCUUUGCCUUCAAUGUGGCCAACACCUCUGAGAACAAGUCUGUGUUUGGAGGCACCUCCACGCCCACCUUUGGCCAGAGCGCUCCAGCCCCUGGAGCGGGCACGGUGGGCAGUAGCCUUUCCUUUGGGACCCCGGCCACGCCAGCCCAGAGCUUUGUGGGAGCAGGGCCGUCUUUUGGACCAUCGACCCCUUCGUUUUCCAUUGGUGCAGGAUCCAAGACCCCGGGGGCCCGGCAGCGGCUGCAGGCCCGGAGGCAGCACACUCGAAAGAAAUAGCUUGUCCUGCCUUCCCUCCCUCCAUCCCCACCCCCGGCUCCUGCUGUGAAGAGCCUGGGUCCUGCCCCCGUUUUUGUACAGCAAGCCCACCCCAGCCCCUGGCCCCCACUUGUCAGCAGCAGCUGCCGCGAGGUAGCCGCCCUGGAAGUAGGGGGGGGAGACAAACCCUUUUUACUUGAACACUUCCACUGCUGAAACUGGAGAAACUUGUGUACAUAUCGUCAGCCUUGCCUUGCCUUUCCUGACUCGUCUCCUUGUUGUGUGUGUCCGUCAGCUUGGCCAAGGACCCCCUGCCUCCUGCCCCCCCAAGCCAGCCACAUGCAGCCCCCGGUCCUGGGGAGGGUUCGGCCCUGAGCCUCCCAGCCCUCCUCCCGCUCUGUGGGGUGGAUCCUGCUCCUUGAACUUUGCCCCCUCCCCCCUCCCUCAGGGAGGUUUUCCUUUUCUUGGUGUCGGUCUGGCUUGAGUUUUGCCUUGGAGAAGCCUCUGGGAAGGCUCUCCCUGCUGCGCUGCCCUUUCUCCCCUGGAGGAGAGUGAUGUUUUAGCGCAGUCUUCCCUUUGCCACUGUAGCUCUUACAACCUCAGGGGUUGGAGGAAGCCGCCUCCCUUGGAGCCCGCGUUCGCCAGCAGGGGAGCGGGACAGACGGCGCCGCUGCUCUCGGCUUCCCUCCUUCCCCCGUGUCGUUUUUGUUUUCUGGGUUUGUCUGUAUAAAGCUGUGUCCUGUCAGUGUUGCUGUCUGAUGCUCAUUGAAUCGAGUUUGGAGGAAAAUUUUGACUUGUGUGAGUGGCGGCAUGUUGGUAGUGCCGGACUUGAUGUUAAAAGCUUUCUGGGGCCCAGGAAUUUCCCACAGAGACUGGACCCACUCAAUUGGAUGUGGAAUGUGGCCAUGAGAUGCUGCACGUGCUGAGUGACUCCUGAAUUUCCAAACAGUGUUUUGACUUGAAGGGAUGGCAGCCCAGGAAGGAAUAAGGCCCAGGGGACAGGGUACCAUGAAUGUAAGCAGAGAUUCCCCCCCUUGCUUUGGGCUCCCCUACACACACACACACACGCACGCACCCCUUAGUGAUCUCACAGUAGGGCAGGGUACCCCCAAAUUAGGGGAGGGGAUAAUCUUAAUUUAACUACUGGAUUAUAUACCUUUCUAGGGUUUGGGGGGAGAGGGAGGGGGAGGAAGGUCACCGGGAAGGUCUCGUAUUCACUGUUUCUCCAAGGCCCUCUCCAGCCCCAGCUUCCGUAAGGAGGAGACCCGUGCUCCGAGGAGCCUCCUGGGUCCUUUGGGCCGAGGAAAGUCCCAUCGAUCAAACAAGCGGCAAGCUGCGUGUAGCCAGCCUUCCGAAUCCCACUUGCUCCAGACGAGGGAUUUGCCCCAUCCUCUCUUUAACCAAUUCAGCCCAGAGCCCCCUCUCCCUGGCCCAGGAGCCUUGCUGCUAUGCCAUCACUUUUGGGAGAAGCGUGAAUGUGUGUGGGUGAUUUGCCUAAGUCUAAAUUUAAGAAAAAGAAAAAAAAAGAAAAUAUUUAAAACAUUUUUUUAACAAAAUAAAAUUUAUUUUUAUA